UACACAGUCUAGUGUAUGAAAAAGUUUAAAAAAAUUGUUAAACCAAAAGCUGUUCAUUCACUUGAAUCUUUCAUGGCGAAACGCAUUAUACCGAUUGCUUCAAACAAAGCUUCGGCUGAAACUAACAACGAACAACUUCCGGAAAUUAUCAAUGAUGUAUUCCGGUGUUUUAUAUGCAUGGAAAAACUGCAAGAGGCACAUCUUUGUCCACAUUGCUCGAAAUUAUGUUGCUAUUUGUGUAUUUCACGGUGGUUAACCGAACAACGUCAUCAGUGCCCUCAUUGUCGUGCCACUCUACACGUUUCAGAAUUAGUGAAUUGCCGAUGGUUCGAGGAAGUAGCUGUUCACAUAGAAAAUCUUCAACAGAUUUGUCAAAAUAUUAAAACUCCUAACCAAAACUAUCGCCAACAAGAUCAAUGCUUACCUCACAAAGAAAAAUUAAGUGUUUUUUGUUGGACAUGUAUGAAAUGUAUUUGUCAUCAAUGUGCACUGUGGGGCGGAACCCAUUCUGGACAUUCCUUCAAGCAGUUAGAACUAGUUUAUGAAAGUCACCUGGCUCAGGUUAAAGAGGAGCAGCAACAACUCAAGAGCAGGUUACUAGAAUUGAUCGGCCUAGUUCAGGAUGUGGAACAAAACGUAGAAGCCGUCCGGAACGCCAAGGAUGAAAAAGUUGCUGAAAUUAGAACUGCUGUCAAUUUAAUUGUGGGACGAUUGGAUGCUCAACUGAAAGGGAAAUUACUGACUUUGAUGCGUCGAAAAAAUUCUUUAAAUCAAGAGACUGAGCAACUGGAACAUCUACUGCAUGAAAUUGACCAUCAACUCAACACGUGCUCUAAAUCCCAACUAAUUAUCAAAUCGGCUGAUUUGUUAAAGAUGAUCAAUCAAGUGCGAACUAAACCAAUGUCUAGUUACGUUACGGUUCCUGUUGCAGCGGAUUUCCUAAGUGAAGUAGUACCAGCUUACGACACUGGAACAUUUGUGAUGCAAAAUUUCUCUAGAUUGCAAAAGAAAGCUGAACCAGUCUAUUCUAGUCCUUUAUACGUGAACGGAUUAUGUUGGCGAUUGAAAGUAUAUCCAGGAGGAAAUGGAGCAGUUCGUAAAGAAUAUCUGAGUGUUUUUCUAGAGUUGACCGUUGGCUAUCCCGAAACUAGCAAGUACGAGUAUCGCGUUCAAAUGAUACACCACAACUCUUCGAAAAUUAUCCAACGAGAAUUUGUAUCAGAUUUCGAGAUAGGAGAGUGCUGGGGUUACAACCGAUUUUUUCGACUAGAUUUACUUGCUAAUGAAGGAUAUUUAGAUAUCGUAACGGAUACUCUUGAACUGCGGUACCAAGUACGCCCGUCAACUUUUCAUCACAAAUGUCGGGAUCAACAAUGGUACAUAAACAAUCUACUUCGAACCCAGGCAGUUCAUUUGGCUGAAAUUAAAGCAUUGAAUGAUCGCCUGGAGAGCGCGGAGCGGAUAAUUAGUGAGAAAAAUCAGGUGAAGUCCAACAUACCUGCAGAUACGAAAUUUUCAACAUUUCAAACGAGCAGCAUGCCUCCUACAGUAAAAUGCAGCAGUCACAAAAUGGAUAAUUCAUCCAUGUUUAAAAUAUGUUCUAAUUUGAGUCAAAUGAAAUACGACGAAGCGUCUAAUCAAAAGCCAAGUAAUAGUAACAAUAUUAUGUGUAAUGUACGAGCGUCUAGUAAUAAAGGAAAUGUAUCGACUGAUUACAUGUUUCUUCAAUCUGAACAUACGCAGUUAUCCAACAAUGGUUACAAUUAUUCACCCACGUCUCAAAAAAGUGAUACAAACACAGAAACGCUUGCAACAUUCGAGCCAAAUACCAGUUUGUCUGAAUCAAUGAAGAAUCAACAUUUGUUUACUUCCUAUUCAUCGCCAAGUCUUCAAUCUAAUAUAUGUGUAUCUAGUUUAAUCUCGGGUAAUGGUACAACAGAAAAUAAAGAACAACACUGUAACAACGAAAACAUAAAUAAACUUAACACUGCCGAUGUUCAGAUAGCUUUCGAUGAUAAUUAUUCUGUUGAAGAAAAUGAUAAUGAUGCUGAGGACAUAAUAUCCAGUGAAAACGACGUUGAAUAUGCUGAGUUGUCAAUGUCUCAGAAAACACCCGCAAUGCAAUCUCCUACUUCAAACCACACUAAAAAUGGUAUUCCAAACGGUAGAUCAGUUCCGAUUGCUAAAGUAGCUUCUGCGGAAGACCACACUGUACUUGAAGACGAGCUUAUGCUAUUGAGUUUGUUUGACGAUUCUAGAAGUUUGAAUUUACCAAACAGUAUCUCUGAAUCUACAGAAAAGAAUAAUUCAACUAGUACAGGUUGGAUGAGCCUCCGUCAACCAAUAAUAUCAGCUAGUGUCUUUGAAAGUCUUUUAGAACCGCCUAGAUUAAAUACUACACCAUUGACUAAUAUUGCAUCCAACUCAGGAGAAAGAUACUUAAGUUUGAUCGCUUCUACGAAUACACAAAAAGGGAAUUCCCAAUCAAGGAACGCAAUGGGCACGACUGAAUGUUAUGACAAUAUACUCAAGAAAACCCAAAGACAAAGAGCAGCCUUAGGAUUAUCCCCCUUGAACAACACGAGCAUAGCUAAAGCGAAUAUAGUCAAUUGUUGUCAACCUGGAGAAAGCUCCUACUUGUCAGAUGUUCAUGCACCGAGCCGCGAACAAGGAAUUCAUUCCGUCACGUCGCCUGCAAAACAUGCAAAGCGAGAUCGCGAACGGGAUAAUCAAAGCAGCUCCUCAACUUACGAGAUGAAACAUUUAUCUUCAACGGACUUGCGUUCACAUUGUUUAUCAAAUCCUUCGAAUACACCUAGAAAUUGGAUUGAUAUGAUAAAUGUUGAUAAUUGCAGUUUACCUUCAACAUCCACAUCUCAGAAAACUAUAGCAGACGAUUGCAAUUUAUGGUCGAACGUAUUUUUUCCAUCCGCUGUCAAUGUUUUACCUUCUAGCCUUGGUCAGCAAUUUGCUUCACCAAAGUCAAUUAAACAGCAUGAUCAAUCAAAUGAUUCCUUACCGACUGUAUGUACAGUGACAUUGUCCCGUAAUUCCACGUUUCCUGUAUCGGAUGUAAAUCGUUCAGCUAUCAGUUUGAACCAGCUAAAAAAAAUAAGGAACAAUCUGGACAAAUCCAACAAAAUGAAUAAUACCAUCAAUGAAAUAAAUGUUUUAUCAAGUGAUGGAAAUGAAUCCCGCAAAAUGGAUGGAAAAACAGCUUACACGACGAGUGAUAACUGAUAAUAGUAUUAUUUUGCGCUCAUACAUACAUAUGUUAGGUUCAGUAUACAAACGCUGUAAAUUAUAUUGUAUUUUUGAAAUUUAUAUAGACUGAUACAAAUAAAUGAAAAUAUACGUA